AUGGAUAAAUUCGUGGUUAAGAAACCGAGAGCAGCCGUGGAGGAAGAAAUUGGAGUGGAGGAAGAAAUUGAUGUGGAGGAAGAAAUUGAAGUGGAAGAAAAUAUUUAUGAGAAUGAAACAGAAACAUUGAAAAGGAACAGGAAGUUCAGAGUAGAGUGGCUGAAAAAAUUUCCAUGGCUGGAAAACAAAAGCGGCACGGCUUUUUGCAAAGCGUGCAAUAAAAGUGCUGUCAAUAUUUUGUCACACCUGAAUAGACACGCAAAUUGUUCUACACAUUUGCAAAACAUGGAAUCCAGAAGAAGCCAAAUAUCGAUGGACUCAUUUUUAGAUGCGAAGACAGAACAGAUGAGCAAAAUGGUGAAAAACGCAGAACUCACGAUUGUUAUGUUUUUAAUAGCACACAACUUACCUUUCCUACUAAUGGAUGUCUUUCCUGAUCUUUUAACUGAAUGUUGCCCUGAUUCAGAAGUGGCAAAACGUUUAAAAUGCGCCAGAACGAAAGCGACGAAAAUUACAGAGGACAUUUCAAAUGCAACAACUAAGGACCUCAUUUCGAAGUUAAAAUCAUGUAAGUUUUCGAUCAUCAUCGACGAAACCACAGAUGUUUCAACUAAAAAGUGCUUAGUGCUAGUUGUAAGAUACGUCGCAAGCUUUAUCGUACGCGAUCGCUUCCUAGCACUCAUAGAAUUACCAAAAUGUGAUGCAUCAUCAGUGUUUGAAGUUUUAAAAAAUUUCUUCCAUAACAACAAUAUUCCGCUUAAAAACAUCAUUGGUUUGGCUACGGAUGGUGCCAAUAUCAAAUCAAAUUAA